GAAGCUUCUUCACCAACCCAUUGAUCACGUCAUAUAUCACCAACACUCUUUUUUUCUAUCUAUCUAUAAAAAUAAAUAUUUAUAAGCAUCGGUGCGUUCCUUAUAAUCGUCUUACGUCUUCUUAGUUUACCGCCAAUCGCUCUUCUUUUUCUCCAGAAGAAACGGAAUUGUUUUUGCUGUGCCACUCUACUAUCUCGUCCGCAACUUUAUUGCCUUCACCCGUACCCGAGCUGUUUUCUACCUAUUUGUUUUCUUUUUAUUCCUGUUGCGUUAAGCUUUCAUCGGUGAGUGUGUGUGUGUGCGCGCAUACUUCUAUACGGACGAACACGUACCAAUCUACCGGAGAUCGAAUCGUGCAACAUGGGCCAAUCGCAGUCGUUUGAAGAAAAACUCCACGAGUGUGUGUGCAACAAUAACCUCGAGCAGAUGAAGAGUCUCAUUCAACAGCCGGAGUUCAAGAGCGAGAACGUGAACGACCACAUGUUCGUUGAUCUCGUCGAGCGUCGCUGGGAUCCAGCCACUAUUAUGGCUUUCGCGGAGCUCGCCAACGAUCACCAGCUCGCCAUUUUGGUGAGCACCACCAUCCUACACAGCGGCGUGCUGCCUCUCACGCCAGUGUUCAAGCUGAUGAAAGACAGCGCGGCAACGAUCCGGCAGGAGCACCUGGAUGAGCUUUUCAUGACGGCCUGCGAUCACGUGGACACGGAAGUCGUAACGGCGAUGAUCGCGGCAAAGUGCUUCGACGCGGCAGAUGGGCGGGCCAUCGUCACGGUGGUGCGGCGAGAGCUGAACAAGGCGGCGCCGGACGAGGAGCUGGUCCAGGUUGUGCUGGAUGCGUUGCCAGGCCAGCAGGAGUCGGCGAGGUAUCUCCUUGAGACCCACAUCCCGAAGGGCAAGAACGAGGCAACGAAGGCGAUACUGCAGGAGAAGCUGCAGCGCUACUUGAAGUGA